UUGUGGUUGUUAUUAAGUCUAGUCCAUGAACCUUUUAAGGUCUCAAGAACGAUCUGUUUUUCCGAUUUCAUGUAAUAGCCAACGACCUUCUGAGGGGCAUUCCUGAACGCUCUUAUUUCGGAAGAAGGGAAGGUCUACGAAAAGACACAUAAGAGUUUCGGAACCUCCGAGCCGUUUUGAAGGCGGAAUUAAUUUGUGGGGCGUCCGUUUUGUUUACUCCGCUGGAGUGAUCGCACAUGUCAGCACAUGUCCUCUGGUUUGAUCUUUGACACGGCAUGGGUACACACGACACGACCAAGGGAUUAUUUUGGAAAACACUGGGGAAUGUCCUGGGAUAUGUUGCAAAAAUAUUGAUUGUCAUUGAUUUACAACGGAUGUUGAUGUAAAUUAUGGUUGAUGUUGAAAUUUUGGGCAAAAAAAACACGGUGUUUUGAUCGCUUCACGUUUUUUAAGGCACCAUUUGUAAAUCAUCGAGGACCAAGUCCAAGUAGCAUUUUCAAUAUAACGCCUGCUGCUCAUAUGGAUUGAGAAGCGCACUGCGCUGUUGUGUCCAGCAGGGGGCGGCAGCGCGCAGUUAAUCCGCGAGGUCAAACCAGAACAUGACAGCAAUUUAUUCAUCAAAUAAAAAAUAUAUUUAUAUCACGAACAGAGAACACGUGAAAAAUGAUUGGACGAGGUUUUAUGCAUAGUUGUACCUGUGCACUAAUUAAUCAAAGGCUUAUAAUUGUUCCUACGUCAUCCUACUUAAUAAAGCAAGCAAUUUGUUUGCUUGAUUGAGGUUCUUUAUUAAAUGUAUCCUAAGAUUAAAAGAAGAAAAAUCUGUGGAUAUUAAAUACUUGGCAGAACGCGUUAAAAACAACGUAUUAGUGAGGAAAAAUGGAACAUUUUCAUGCAGAUAUGUUUCCCUGUUAAAAAAUCGAACUUUCCUCUCGGUUACUCCCUGCGUCGUUUCUGCCUCCUCAUUCUUUACCGCCUCCUCUCCAUCCCUGAUACCUCCGCUGUUUUCUUUUUGUUUUUUCCCUCCCUCUCCCUCGCCUCUUCCUUCCUAUCUCCUCCCCUUUUAUCCAUUGCUGUAGGGAAGUCCAGUAUGAGGCAGGCUCCGGAUCUCUGGCUCCUUACACUUGCAGCACUGCUCCAGGUGUCAAAGCAGGGCCCUCACCAAAGGAAUCUGUUGAGGGAGCUUCUGAGGGACUACAAUCCCAUGGAGCGGCCGGUGGCCAAUGACUCCAACCCACUCAUCGUGAAGUUCUCCUUCAUCCUGAUGCAGGUCAUGGAUGUGGAUGAGAAGAACCAGAUUUUGACCACAAAUGCCUGGCUGCAAAUGCAAUGGUAUGACCACUACCUCCAGUGGAACCAGUCUGAGUAUCCUGGAGUCAAGAACCUUCGCUUUUCUUCUGACCAGGUCUGGACCCCCGACAUCCUGAUGUACAACAGUGCUCACGAUAAGUUUGACGCCUCCUUCAAGACCAAUGUGUUGGUGAACUCCAGUGGCUUCUGUGAGUUCCUGCCUCCAGGGAUCUUCGUCAGCACGUGUUCCGUGGACGUGACCUGGUUUCCUUUCGACAUCCAGCGCUGUGAAAUGAAGUUCGGCUCGUGGACCUUCGACGGCUGGCACCUGGACAUGCAGAUGAAGGAGGCCGACAUCUCAGGCUUCAUGCCCAACGGGGAGUGGGACCUGCUGGAGGUACCCGGGACUCGUAACGAGAACUUCUACGACUGCUGCGCGGCGCCCUACCCGGACGUGACCUUUGUGGUGACCCUGAGGAGGCGGACCCUGUACUACGCCCUCAACCUGCUCAUCCCCUGUGUGCUGCUCUCCUCCAUGACCCUGCUUGGGUUCCUGCUGCCUGCCAACUCCGGGGAGAAGAUCAGCCUGGGCAUCACCGUUCUCCUCUCCCUGACUGUCUUCAUGCUGAUGGUGGCUGAGAUAAUGCCUGCUACCUCAGAUUCAGUUCCCCUCAUCGGCCAGUACUUUGUCAGCACCAUGGUGAUCGUGGGAAUGUCCGUUGUGGCGACCGUCUUCGUGCUUUGCUUCAACCAUCACGACCCCAACAGCGGGGACAUGCCCAAGUGGGCGCAGUUGGUUCUGCUCCAGUGGGUUCCCUGGUUCCUGCGCAUGAAGCGGCCGGGUGAGACGGCGGACCUCCCUCCACCCAUUCCCACUCACGUCAGCUCCCAGAGCAAGGGCUUGUCCUCGCCCACCACCACCGCCACCACCGCCACCACCCCCAACCCGGCCCCCACCAUCUUCCCGCAGACCCUCAGCUUCUUGCAGGCCCGGCUGGCCCAGCUGAGCCCCCCGAGCCACCCCCCACCCCCCGGCCGGCCCGGCACCCAGCAGGCCGCCCAGAGAGACGUCAGCCCCGGCUCCCAGCCGCCGCAGCCCAACGGACACCUGCCCUACAUGGGCUUCCAGCCAUACCCCGCCCCGGAGCUGAGGAAUUGCAGCAUCAGCCGGGGGAGGGCUGCUGCUGGGGGAGGAGACGCCAUGGGAGGGAGAGGAGGAGGGGGAGGAGGAGAAGGAGAAGGAGGUGGAGCGAAUGGAGACACACCACCAACCCUACACCACCACCCAGUGCCCCCGGGGUUCGAGGUCGCCACACACCUGCCCCCCGUGUCCCCACCCUUCGAGUCCUCCAUUUGCCCCGGGGGCUGCCUGGAGGUGGGAGGUGAGGGGAGCGUGGGGGGGAUGCACGCCCAGUGCUGCGCGCUCCAGCCAGACUCUGUGGACGGACAGCUGCAGGCCCUGCUGGAAGAGGUGCGCUACAUCGUGGAGCACAUCCGGGAGCAGGACCGGCAGCUGAGUGUGGCGGAGCAGUGGCAGUUCGCCUCAGCCGUCAUCGACCGCCUGUGCUUCAUCGGGUUCAGCGUGUUCAACGUCAUCUGCACCAUAUCCAUCCUCAUGGCCGCGCCCAACUUUGCAGAAGCAGCAUCCAAAGACUUUCUGUGAGCCGAGGCUGUUGCUGAGACGAGUAUUUGGAGAGAUGACACACGGGAUGGGAGGGGGUUUGAAGAAGGGCUAAAGGAAUGCUAAUCAAUAAAAUACAAAAGCACACACGCUUUCACUGACACACAUGUUCAUUUUUCACAGACAUGGGAAGCACUGUGCCACAGUUAGAAAGACCUUGGAAAACAUGGAGAAUAGCAGAGUUUUUUUUAAGUUCAGUUUAGUCUCACACAUACUGUAUAUCUUGUUUACUGGGUUAAAAAAACAUUGAAGUCAUUUUAAAUGGUUGUAUGUUAUCUGCAUGACAUGGUACCAUCACAAGGGCAAUCUGUGCAAUUCCUGUUGCCUGAUAUGAAUACAUCGUAUGCAGCCAUGCAUUCAGCAUUUUUGCACAUUUCUCAGUUCUCACCCAAACCAUGUUAUUCAACAUCCAUGGGUUGAAGAAUAUUUAACAGUAGAAGAAGCUCCAUGUGUUAUAAGAAGACCCUGUUAAUAAGGUACUGAGGACUAGAAUAACCAGGUCCACCAAAAGAGAGCCCACUGUAUGUGAUUUGCUUACAGUACAUGCCAUGUUGACAAAAGCUGGUUUUGUUUCAGAAACUCAUACGUUUUGGUAUUUAUCACCCUGACCUCUGCCUUAUGUCCUUCAUGCUGCAGCAGUUACUGCUGAUUAGUUAAUAGAAAUUUGAGCAGUAGGUUUAUUUGGGGCUUGAAGGACACAUUAUCUACAAGACUGGUUUUACCUGGGCCAUUUCUGCUGUUCUUACCUUCUCUUAUCCUUCCAUUUUGGUAAAAUAGUCAUGUUUCAAAAUGUAUAGUGUAGCGAUUUUUAGUGCAGCAUUUAUUUGCAGAAUUUCUGUGCAGCCAUCAAUCUUUUUUUAGUUUUUGUUGUUAGUGUUGAAGCAUGAAAUCUGUCAUUCACAGAUUGUACAAUGUUCUUUUAUUUUUUAUAUAUUAUUUUAUGUGGACACAUUAUAGCUGAUUAACCUAUUCUGUUGAUGAAAAACAUGCUUCCAUUCAAUUCAGGGUUUUGAUUCAUAAAGUAAAAGAGUAUAUUGCGUUCAGAUUGAUGGCUGUGAAGGGAUGUCCGUUCAACACAUGGUUAACAUUUAAAGAAAACAACUGCAUAUACUGUUUAAAAUAAUGUAACGAAUAAAACACAAAAGCCCACUUUCAGCCACAUGAGAGGCCAGACCUCCACGACCUCAUCCCCCGAUUCCUGGAAGGGAUCUUUAGAUGAAUCUUGACUUGAAAUGGGACCUGAAACCGACAGCGCUAUAAACAUGCUGCCAUUGCAAUUAA